GCAAAGUCCAAAUCAGAUCAGUUCGAAGUUCGAAGAGGGACGGACGAGACGGAGACGGACGUGUAGAAACUCAGUUUUUCACAGGAAAGGAGAGCGGUACAAUGGCCGAGUCGGAGGGCGAGGUGGUCUUCAGCUCGCUACAGGAAGAGCUAGAGUACUGGAAGGAGAAAGCGCUCGAGUAUAGACAAAGUUUGGAGGAGGUGAGGGCAGAGUUUGCCGAGUUCCAGGAGAGCAGUGGAGAGCUGGAGGGAGAGUUGGAGGCCCAGCUAGACCAGGUAGAGAAGAGUAACAAAGAUCUGAUGCACAGAGUUGCCAGACUUGACGAUGAGAACGAAUCACUAAAGAGCAAGCUGGACUCGCAGCAGGCCGAGGCGUUUAUGACCAUCAGCACUCUUCAGGAGGAGAGAGUCGAGCUCCUGGCUCUGAAGGACGCUCUCCAGAAAUACAUAAGACAGUUGGAGCAGAACAACGAUGACUUGGAGAGAGGGAAGAGAGUGACAGUGUCUUCGUUGGAGGACUUUGAAUCCAAACUGAACAAUGUAAGUAUUAGUACUGAUUGCUAAGUAAAGAGUGGAGGGGAGAGGAAGAAGACAGCAGGAGGGAGAGAGAGAGAGAGAGGCUGGUAAUGGAGUGAGGGAGGGAAGAGGGUGAAGCCAGAGAGGGGAGAGGGUGUGUGUACAAUAGACAGUGAUUGUUGUUGCUGGUUGUGGUCUCUACAGGCAUUUGAGAGGAACGCGAUACUCGAGAAUGAACUAGAUGAGAAGCAGAGACUGGCCGAGAUGUCCCAGAGACUCAAGGACGAGGUCAAAGAACUUCGAUCGGAGCUGAAUCGUAAGCAUCGCCGGGUGGGGAGUGAUGAGGGGGCGGAGCAAUCUGGCUCCGCCCCCCAAGAGGAGCCUGCUUCAUCUGCCGCCCCAUCCACACCACGAAUCGCCACAUUGUCCUCCACCUCACACCCUCCCACUCCCUCCACCACCACCUCCCCCUCCCCACUCAUCCACACACACACCAUCCCCUCCACUGAGCCAGGGACGCCGCGGACUGCCUUCACUGGCAUCCAGAACUACACACCUUCCACCAGGAUAUCUGCCCUCAAUAUGGUCGGAGAUCUCCUCAGAAAAGUCGGGGCAUUGGAGUCAAGACUGGCGUCCUGUCGGACUCACAUCUCCACCAAAGACAGUCGCAGUGCAAACACUCCAGCCACAGACAGCUCAAGGGCAAAAAGGAUUCAUGUUCAGAACAAAUACAAUGGGGACCCAACCGCAACGGUCGGUUUCACCAAAGUCACCGUGUAAACAAAAACAAAAACAACAACAAACAUUGUUAGAUGAUGUUAUUUAUGACCUCGGGAAUGCAACAAAACUCUCGCAGCGUUACAAACUGACAGCUAUUAUAUUAUCAUUCUGUGCAUACCACUUGUGUCACCGUGUCGUCGUGGCACUUGAC